CAUUUCCUAUUAAUCGUCAGGGAAGUCAGAUUCAAGUGUGCUACAUAGGUAUGUAAGUGUAUCCUCCUCGAUCAAUACACAUAAUGCAUAGUGCCCCAGUUUCUAUGGUGAGAGUCUAAACGUCUUUUGCGGGAAAAACAAUCUUUGAAGAGAAGAUAUUUCGUCACAGUUAAAGACUUACCCAGGACCAAGAAAAGGUUGGAUAAAUGGAACAACUAAUGACAAAGAAUCCACUUGUGGCAUGUCUUAUUAAAGACCUGCUGUGAGACAAGAGGAUGAUAGGCCUACUUGAAACCAUGUGAAAAGCAUCUCUCUGCAGGAUGCUUCAGUCAGUCUCUUUACAGUCUGAUGUCAUCUGUAAAGUGGGUGCAUAUUGAAAACGUUGGAUUCCACAGCACCUUGGCUCUUCACAUCUUGCCACACUGAAGGGAUGAGGCUGUGAGGAUUUUUACACUCCAGAUUCUGAGGCAAUAAACAUGAUGACGCUCACAGUCGUUUGCUUCACUGCCCUGCGCAGGCCAGCAUCAUGAGUAACUGUACUCCCCAUCCCCCCACACAGUGUUAACUUCCUGUCCCCAGCAGGACGAGCUGGCUGUAAACCACACCAGGUCUAUUAAUUAAUUAAUGUACCCUAACAGCAGCCACUCCCUCCAUUGUAGUGGAGCUGUUUUGAGCUGCCUGCAGUAGUGACCACCGGUGUGUCUUUGGGUUCCUGCAGUAUUGUGGGCGAAGGGCAAGCGAUAGAGGAGCAGAGCAGCAGACAACUGUGAAUGGGAGGAAGCCGUCAGCACAAUAGUAACCAUUAAUCACCCAGGGCCAUUGUGGUCCUGUCCUGUAUACGGCGCCACUGCAGGCAGGCAGACAGAAAGAAAAAGAGAGGAAGAGGGAGAGAGGAAGAGGGAGAGAGGGCAGGGUGGCUGCAGGGAGAAAGGGGGGGAGAGAAUGGUUGGGGAUCAGCCUUUAUGUCCACCUCCGCUCCUACCGCGGGGCUGGGGAGCAGUACUGCUGUCUCAGUGCUUGUCCUCCGCGUUCUCCCAGAUCCCGGAUCCUGAGCUUUUACCCACAGAUCCUCCAAAGAAGCCGGACCCCGUCACCUCAGAGACCGUUGUUUUCUGGGGGCUGCGGUUAUGGCAGGUUAUCGGUAUCUUUGCUGUGUUUGCUUUAGCAGUUGUUAUAACUCUGUGUUGUAUAUUCAAAUGUCGAAUCCCGAGAACCAAAAAGGAAAUAGAGGCACGGCACGCGCAAAGACAGGCCGCCAAGAAAUACGCCAACACAUUAGAGACAGUGCCACCUCUGAAUGAGCUGACCGAGAUCCCAGGAUCUGCAAAAGCAGAAGAAAAUAAGGAGGUGACAACAGUAUCCGGGAAAGUGGAUGCUGAUAAAGGAGAGAAGAAGACCAAGGAGGGCAAGAAAGAGGGCAAGGGUGCCAAAGAAGGGAAAAGAGAUGAAAAGGAUGCAUCAACAAAGAAGAAGGGUGAAAAGGAAGCAACCAAGAAAGAAGCUGGUGAGGGGAAAGGGAAGAAAUCUGGAGAGAAGGGAGACAGAGGGGAAAAAGAAGAAAAAGGAGGCAAAGGAGGCAAAGGAGGGGCUAAAGGGGGACCCAAGAAAGCUCAAAAGUGAACUUUGCCUUCCAUGGACAAACACUGAAAAAGAUCAUUUCAUAUUUUUCACUGCAAGCAUUUUGCACACUUUUGUUUUCUAAAUGAAAUUUGUAUCAUAUUUACAAUAAACAAAAAGCUUAUAUAUAAGAAAAUGCAUAAUUUUUCUACUUCAGAAUCAUGAAAAUUGCAAGAAUAUCAGAGUACAGUAAAAUUAUACAUUUAUUGUCUUAUUCACAAUUUACUGAUGAACAUUAGAGACCAAAAAAACAUCUUCCUAUUUUAUUACAAGUUUACACUGUUAUCUACAACAUGCCUACAUCACUAUAGAGUGAUGAGAAGGUGAGAUGUGUCUUUGCAAACACUGCCCACAUACUGUAUCUAAAGAAUGAAGACUGUCGACUCCACUGAGUACAUUUCGGCACGAGAUAAAUAAAAGACAAUGAAACACAUUUUAUACUUCCAUGAGAGGUAUUUGAAAACAGUGAAAUACAACAUUAGCUCUAAGAUUAUUGGCCUUAUUGUACACCUGAUUCCAAAACAAUCAUUUUACAAGAUACAAUCAGAACAAAAUACUGUAUUAUAGGGUAUUAAAGUGCUCAAAUAGAAUUUUCCAAGUGUAUUUUUAAUAAAAGAUUUUCAUGGUCUGAUACAAGCCACCUUUUUUUUUUUAUAAAAAACUGUCUGGAUUACACAACAGUGACAUAAUAUUUACCUGCCCAGUGGCAAUUAGUGGAAAGCCAGAUUGAAUUUGAAGCGCAACCACCUCAGUCAACUGCAUUUUUAAAUGUACAUAUUACAACUGUACCGAAUGGGGUACAAAUUCGUAUUAAUUAGUGAGAAAUGCAAUAAAUACCAGCUAAAAGAAGGUUGUUAAAUAUGAAAAAUUCUUAAGUGAGAUUAAGAUACUAAAUUAUCAAAUAACAAAGGUUUUCCUCAACUUCUUUUUCCAUCACUGUGGCCUGCAGCCACCUGUAAUUAUUGUUGUAGUCAAUCCACUCAGCCUCAAGUCGCAAUCAUGAACGAUCCCCAUGGAAAUGUUCAAGUUGGGUCCAAUUUGAAUCCCUGAAGGGCCAAAAUACACAUCUCAGAAUUCCACUGCUAAUUGUUCAAAAUACAAAAGCGUCUGACCGGCUGUCAAAAACAGUUGGAAGUUGUCUGGCUCAAAUGAGUGUAGUGGAUAUUUCUAAAAUUAUUGCAAGGUUGGAGCCAUUCUAUUUUCAGUUUUCUUAUUGCCAGGAAAUGCCAUGAAAAGACCAAAACAAUCAAUGUGUUAGUCCAUCUUUCAGUAUUUUCCUACCAUGUCUUUGUCUCUUAUCCGAAAACCCAUUUUAUUUCCAAAUCUUUAAAAAUGGGUUACAAAAAAAAGGCUACAUAAUUUCCCAAAACAGAAGGGCACUGUUUUAGCAAACAUUACUCAAACAUGAGUAAAUGGCGCAUUUGUUGGGGACUAUUUUCAGCUGCGGAUUAUUACACAUUUGAUGUGCUAGUGAGUAAUUACACACCCAGGACUGUUUGUGGGAUCGACUCAAAAUAAAGUACAGUGCCCAAGUUCAUUUGUAAUGAAGGAAAAUGUCACCCAGUGCAACAGUGUGCCAUCAUAUUGUGUUUUUAAUAAUUAUAAUAGUAAUGAUGUCUAUGGCACAGAGGAAUAAGCUAUAUCGGGCAAUACUUAAAAGUCAGUUAAUUGUUGGUUUUGGUCUUUUCGUGGGAUUUGUUGACAAUAAGAAAAAUCUAGAAUAUUACUAGACUUAUCCUUUACACAUCUGUUUAAUGAGAAACCAGUGAAGACGGUUUGUAAAGUUGUCUCAUUUAUUCAAAUGAAUCUGAAGCAAAAGUAUGAAUUCAAUUUAGUGUCAUCUACUCUUUUAGAUGCAGUAUAAAUUUGCUGGAUGGACUUGUAGGCAGUACAAACUGGAACAGACCAGGUUUUAACCUUUCAAAAUGGAGCCAAAGCACCAACUUAACGGAUCCAGCAUCAGGUGGAGCAAAACUGGGAAUCAGGGAAUUGGGAGCAUAAUUCAGUCAGUAUAAAAUCACCAAAAAGGACACAAUAACAAUAAAAAAUGUGGGAUAAGACUGCAUACAAGAGCAAAUACUAUCUUUGGUCACAUAUUAGCUGAAAUUAAUGAGAGGUAAAACUCCAUUUUGCGGAAUCUGAUCUAAAUCACAACUCCAUCAGACAUUUUAGUCCAAACCAAAUAGCGACUAAUUUAGCUCUUGAGACCAAGUUAAGUCAAAAAUCGUGGAGGAUUAAGAGCAACAAAACUGCCUUUAAUAUUAAUCGUCUUGGUCCAUUGUUUCUAAGCUACUCAGUGUUGUGAAUGGUUUUCUCAUUUGCCUCACUGCUGUUUACAUGAAACUGAGUAUCUAUAAAGAAACUUCAAUCCAUGUAGGCGCUCUGUUUCAACACUAUCUUGACAUUUUCCUACAUUAACUACCAGUAGCAAAUACUUUUUUUGGAGGGUGAUUUUACUGUAACUUUAAGACUUUUUGGUCACUGUAAACAAGAUGGUGGAUGAAAAUACAAAGAAAUGCUGCAAAAUAACCUUUUCUCUGGCAGCAUAUCACACUUUUUAUCUUUGGUAUAAUAACAAAAUGUGACCUAACCUGCAAACCAUGCAGGUUAAGUGCUGUAAAUUACAAAUUGUAGAGUUUAAAAUAUCAUGUGGAAUGCUUCAUUAAAUGCUAGUUUGAAUGCCCUGUCUUGUAAAUAUAUUCACCAGUUUUGUUUUGGACUAUAUACAUAAUCAAAUAUUGCAAACAUUCCGUAAACAAACACAUGAAAAAAAAAUACACUGAAACAUAGCUUUAUAAUAUAUCCAUACACAUGAACACUAUUAUCUCACAAUUAGAAUGUAUUUCUGAUCUUUGUAAACAUUGUGACUUGUAUAUAUAUACACAUCAAAAAGCAGCAUAACACUGGACCGUCUGUAAAAAUUACUGUGUGUUACUAAUUUCUGGGUUGUCCUUCAUAUCCACCACAAAUGUCACCUUUGGAAUUCCAGCGAAACUCAAGAUUUUCUUGGAUUCCUCAUUUGAAUAACAUUCCACUGGAAUAUAUGACCUCUUCCUUUGAAAACUGUGUGAGAACAUAUGAUACCGAUUUUUUUUGUCAGAUUUCCAUAAAGUUCUUUGCCUCAACUAACACUGAACCCAAAGGGAGAGAGAGUCUUCAAAGAAAUAUUCUUACUUUGGCAUAAUGUUGUGUGUGUGUGUGUGUGUGUGAGUGAGUGAGUGAGUGAGUGAGUGAGUGAGUGAGUGAGUGAGAGAGAGAGAGAGAGAGAGAGAGAGAGAGUGAGAGUGAGUGAGUAUUUUUGGAGAAAAUUUGAAUAUGAAACAUUCAUUUGCACUCU